AUGGACAACAAUAAUGAAAAACAAAUCACAGUAACAGAGCCAACAGUUAUACCGAUCGAUCCAUCGAUUACACCCCCUACUGCACCGACAAUUACAGUGGCUGAGCCAGCAAUAACACCAAAUGUACAAAGUAUUGUAUCAGCCGAGCCAUCAAUUACACCGUCCUGCAUUCCAACAAUUACACCGAUUGAGCCCAAAAUUAAAACUGCUAGACCAAAAAAUAUUCCGGUCAAGUUAAUAAUUGCACCGCCUAGGCCAAGAAUAACAUUUACUGAGCCAAUAAAAACACCGAUCGAGGAGGUAAUCAUAAAGGAUCAUAUUAUUCGGCCUAAUCAACCACUGUUUUAUGCGAAAAAUCCCAAAGGGUGGUUUAAUCAAUUUGAAUCAAAAAUAUUGGCUGCGGACUUGAUUGAAGACUUACCAGUGUAUUAUGAUCUCUUAAAAGAAUUAAACAAUCAUGACAUUUUAUGUUGUAUUCUGGACGUAUUUCAAAACAUGACUAUGGUCAAUAAAUACAUGUAUUUUAGAAGCCAUUUGCUCAAAAAAAUAUCUGAACAGGAAAGGCUUAUAGAGCUCGUAAGCGAUUUAAAAUUAGAAGACAAAUAUCCGUCCGUUCUUUUAAAUGAAAUGAAACAAUUAACGGAUAAUAAGUUAUUAGAACAGAAUUUACAAAGCUUGUGGUUACAAAAGUUACCACCUCAGGUACGAGAUAUACUAUUAUUAUCUUCCGAUUCUCUGAGUUCCAAAUCAUUGUUGGCGGACAACAUUAAGGAUCUACAUUAUUCUCCAGAAGUUCAAUUAUCAAAGGAAGCCGCUAACCAGUAUGUAAUUAACUUACUUUCAGGAAAUAUGCACUCAAAGAUAUUAACUAACAUUGAGCUUAUUGAAUUUAUUCAAAGAUAUGAACAUGAACAUGGAUUGGCUAACUUAGCUGAUGAUGAUCAAACUGAAAAUACACAAGCCAUCAAUAACACAAAUUCAAUCCAAAAAGAGAAAAAAAAGUCUUGUUUAAAUAGUUUUUGCAAAUGCAUCUAG